CACGGUCACACUGCUCCCCACCUAAACAAAACAAUCGCCCCUUUGAACAAAAUAAACGAAACGAAGCGUAAAACCAUUGAAUGUGGCGGGUCAACAAUGCGUGGAUAGCCGCCGCCUAGCGGGGGAGAGCAAGUGCAUUACCAAGAACAGUCAUGGCCAGCGCAGCACCAACAACCGUGGAAUGUGACGCCACCCAGCAACGAGAGCGACGAGAGCUGAGGCAACAGCAAGUGGUGGCCAGCACACUGCUCACAGAGCUGCGACGCGCCACCAACUAUUGGUUACAGUCAAAAAACGAUGAUGGCUUCCAGAUGCUUGUCCAAACAUGCUCACAGAUUCUCCAACAUGGCCUGGUGUUGCAGCCACAGCCUGGUGGCGGCGGGGAGCUGCAGCGUCUGGCCGAUGACUUUGAGUUUUUGCUCGCCAGCGAGGAGAAGAUGAAAAGGCAACAGCAUCAGUCUUAUCGUCGCUGCAGCGAGCAGCUGCCGCAACAGCCACAACGGAGUGUGGAUGAGUUUUUCCACUGGUGGAUCACACGCACACUGCGCGCCCGCUGCCUGUCGCAGUGCCUGCAGUCGCUGGUGGCCGACAAGGAGCUGAUGGAGUGCUAUUACCAGCGGGAGUUGGCCUUUCUACGCCACUCGGGGCAUGCCACGACGCUGUUUGUGUGCCUUAUGGCGGUGCAGCUCAACCAGAGCAGCCUGCUCAGCCAGCUGGAGGUGCACCGGCAGCUGCGACAUCGACGCACCUGCUCGCAGCCAAAUUUCAGCAUCUCACCGCGCCUGCAGGUGGUGCCGGAGGAGAGGCAACAUCUUCUGCAGCAACGGCGGCCCCACCCGCAUGUCCGUCAUUACCUGCGACUGCGACGCUUUAAGAGUCUGCCCAAUCUGUCCCAGGACCCAGACGAGGAGCAUGAGGCGGCCCGUCGACGCUGCCAAACCUACAGCAGUCCACGCACAAAUAGAGCGACGACUGCCCGCGGCCAGACGGAUGAGCCGGACAUGAUACCUUCCACAUCGGCGGGCAGCUGCCACAGCAGCUCGAGCCGCUCCAGCACCAGCACCAGCAUAUCCAGCACCAGUCCACGGCGCAUCCAGCUGAUCAACUGCGAUGACAUCAAGAUCUGGACGGAUCAGACGGGCAGCCAGCAAGCGGAGAUUCCCCAAUCGCAGUCACAGGCCAACACACAGACCCAGUGCAGCCUCAGAGCCUCGCCACUGAACAACUUCCUGACGAAUCUUUUUGGCUCCCCGCCUCUGUACACCAGUUGGUUCAAUCGCGGCCUGGGCGACGAUCUAAAUGGACUGGGAAACGGUCUGGGAGACAGUGUGCUGGACAGCUUUCUGCCGGUGAACGGCAAGAAGCUGAAGAAGAAACAAACUCUCUUCGAGGGCGUCAGCAUGCUGGAUGAGGCGGCGGCAGCGGCAGCGACAUCGGCAACCCUCGCGACCUUCUGCACUGCGCCGCUGGACAUCGUUGGGAUACCGGAUGGCAGCUAUGGCGGCAGUCAGGCGACCAGCUCUAGCUCGGCGAGUGCCACACCGGGGAGCCUGAGCAGCGACAAGGUUGACCAGCAGUCGCUGGCCACAUUCCUGCAGAUGUCACGCUACACGCACAACAACACGGACCUGGAGAAGGAGAACGCUCACUUUCGCAUCUCGGAGGCCUGCAUCACGGCCAUCGAGCAUGUGAAGUGGAGCCGCCGGGAUGUGGCCAAGCCCAGCGCUGCCGCCUUCUCCACGGAUCCCGAUCUGAUGCCGUACGUGGAGCAGAUGGGAUCUCUGGAAGGGGGCCACAGUAGCCACAGUGCCGAGGCCGUGGGCCUGCAGCUCAUCUCGCGCUUUAACGAGCAGCAACUGCCGCGCGUGGGGCACCUCAAGUGGCUCGUUUCGGAGCAGGACACGCCGCAGCAGCUGCUGCCGAUGCCCAAGCAGCAGCAGGACAAAGAAAAGGCCGCUGCCAGCCUGACGCGUGGCACAGCCACCUGGGCUCCGCCCCGCCAGCAGAUCAUCUUCACCGAACAUCCCAGCGUCAGUCGCUCGCAGCAGAUCAGUCGCCAGGGCAAUCGGUGUGCCGGCUGCGGCAUGCGUGUGGCUCGACAGUAUCAGCAGCAUUUCCGAUACUGCAGCUACCUGGGCAAGUAUCUGUGCACGGGCUGCCAUCGCAAUCAGAUCUCGGCCAUACCCGCCAAGAUCCUGCAGAGCUGGGACUUUCGAUGCUAUCCAGUCUCCUCGUUUGCCUAUCGACUCAUCGAGCAGAUGUACACCUUUCCGCUGUUCCAUGUGCCCGAUCUGAAUGCCCAGCUCUAUGCGAAGCACAAGGAUCUCUCGACAGCGCGUCGCCGACGUCUUCAAUUGCAGUCCGUGAAGGAAUUCAUUGGCAACUGUCGCUUUGCAGCGAGGGAGCAGGCAUUCUUCAAUGCCAUACCGCUGCACCUCACCCAGGAUGCGGACAUGUGGUCCAUGUGCGAUUUUGUGGAUGUACAAAACAGCAGCAUGAGUCGCUCCAUCAAAGAACUGAUCCUCCUGAGCGAACAGCAUGUCCUCAAUUGUGUGCUCUGCGUGGGUCGAGCCUUUGUGUGCGAAUACUGCAAGAGCAGCGAGCUCCUCUAUCCCUGGCAGCGAAAGAUUGAGCGCUGUGGGCAUUGCGGCGCCUGUUCCCAUCACAACUGUUGGAAGGCCAGGCGCAGUGAGCCCUGUCCGCGCUGCACCCGGCUACAGGCCAGGGCCAGUUAGCACCCAACACCAACAUAUAUACAUAUUUAUAUAUAUCUCUCUCACUGUAUAUAAUCGUGUAAAUUACCAAAACUGUUAUGAAAAU